AUGCCGCCUGAUCCGGACCCCGGUUUGAUCCAGCCAAAGACGGGAGGAGUCACCAAGCUCCAAACAUACAUCAUUACAGUAUUCGCGACAAUUGCCUGGUACAAUGCCGUGGAACUGGUGAUUAUAUGCUUAACCACGUUUAAGCGGUAUAGCGGCUGCUACUUCUGGAGUUUGUUGAUCGCCACCGUUGGCCUGAUCCCACUUGUCCUUGGAUGGCUCUUCUUUAUCUUUUAUUUCGGACUUACUCGCUGGGCUUCUGCCUCCAUAAUCAUCCCGAGCUGGUACUGCGUCGUGGCGGGCCAUUCUCUUGUACUCUGGUCACGACUGCACCUUAUCCUGCAGUCGCCAAAGAUACUCCGUGCCAUCCUCAUCCUCAUCAUUGUCGACAGUAUUGUCCUGUUUAUUCCUGCAACGGUGCUCUUCUAUGGAACCUUGAUCCACGAUGAAGGCUUUCGCACUUCGGCACGGUUUGCGGUCGUAUAUAACAAGAUGGAGCGAAUUCAGCUCGUGGGCUUCUGUUUGCAGGAGCUUCUUAUUUCAGGAAUCUAUAUCUUCGAAACGGUAAAGCUACUGCGACUUCGACCGGACACACUUCACCGUCCGAUUCUCACUCGGCUCGUGGCGAUUAAUAUUGUGGUUAUGGUACUCGACGUGGCAGUCGCCGCAGUCCAGUUCGCGGGAUACCUCGCCAUUCAAAUGAUGUUCAAGCCCGUGGCAUAUAGUAUCAAGUUAAAGUUGGAAUAUGCCGUCCUGAGUCAAUUGAUCGAGAUCUCCAAGGGCCCAUCAACGUCUGAUCCGGAACCGCUAUGUUCAUGUUCGCAGGCGCACAAUAUCUCAUCGACUUACCGGAGUGAUCCUGGGAGACAUAGCGCCACAGACUCGGACAUGCGGCAGUACAGUGUUGAUACGUUCUCUUCGGUGAUUUCAGCACGUCAGUCAGCUCCAUAUUGA